AUGAAGUUCUUGGCUAUUCUCGCUGCAGUCUCUGCGGUCUCGGCAUUAGCUAGUGAUGCCAGCGAGAGAAUCGAUAGUAAUCCUGGUGCCAUUGAGCUUCACCCAACAGCCCAAGAGCUACAGAGGUCAUCCUCAGGAUUUACAAAGGUUGUUCGCUCCGAUGUUGAAGGCUUGCCGCUUGGCAAGCGUCUCAACGGUAUUCCUAUUCCUUACAAUGUGGAGCAUCCUGAGAGAGUUAUUUUGGGUGGCGUUGUUAUCACCUUCACCAUGGUUGGAAAAUGGAUUCGUCAGGGAACCGGCAGUGCGUACGUAUAUGUGUGCAAGAGCAUGACCCUCACCAAUACUACGGAACAGAAGAAGGCAAUUUCCGUUAUUGGAAAUGGCAUCAGCUAUUUCGUGAACAAGAUUUUCACUGGGCACCGUAUCGACUCUAUCAGGGCUCCUGAGGGCGGGUUCCCUGCCCAGGUCGACAUCGUUGUUGGAAAUGCUUAG